AUGUCGUAUAACAACGAACAUAAUAACAACCAAUACUACGACCAACAAGGUCAGUAUAAUCAGCAAUACGCUGAAGGUCAAUAUCCGGAUCAAUAUAAUAAUCAAUAUGAAGAUCCAAAUGCUCAAGGUCCAUAUUAUCAAGAUGGUUACCAUGCUUCACAAGAAGGUUUAAACCAAGGUGAAUAUUAUGAUCCUCAAAAUGAUGCUUCUUAUUAUUCUCAAGGUUAUGAUCCAGCUACUGGUGCUGCUUAUGAUCAAGGUUAUAAUCAAGAUGCUUAUUAUGAUCAACCAAGAGGUGGUGAAAAUGAAGCUUUUUCAGAUUUUAGUUAUGGUGCUCCAAAUGCUCCAGGUACUCCAGGUUAUGAUUAUGGUACUCAAUAUACUCCAUCACAAAUGAGUUAUGGUGGUCCAAGAUCAUCUGGUGCUUCAACUCCAAUUUAUGGUUCAAAUGGUGCUUUUGAUCCAAGUUCAAUUGCCGUUGCUUUACCAAAUGAACCUUAUCCAGCUUGGACUGCUGAUCAACAAGCUCCAAUUCCUAUUGAACAAAUUGAAGAUGUUUUCAUUGAUUUAACUAAUAGAUUUGGUUUCCAAAGAGAUUCUAUGAGAAAUGUUUUCGAUCAUUUCAUGACUUUAUUAGAUUCAAGAUCUUCAAGAAUGUCACCAGCUCAAGCUUUAUUAUCUUUACAUGCUGAUUAUAUUGGUGGUGAUACUGCAAAUUAUAAAAAAUGGUAUUUUGCUGCUCAAUUAGAUCUUGAUGAUGAAGUUGGAUUUAGAAAUAUGAAUUUAGGUAAAUUAUCAAGAAAAGCUAGAAAAGCUAAAAAGAAAUCAAAGAAGGCUAGAAAAGCUGUUGAAGAAGGUGGUGAAAACACUGAAGAUACUUUGAAUGCUUUAGAAGGUGAUAAUUCAUUAGAAGCUGCUGAUUAUAGAUGGAAAGCUAGAAUGAAUAAUUUAUCUCCAAUUGAACGUGUUCGUCAAAUCGCACUUUAUUUAUUAGUUUGGGGUGAAGCUAAUCAAGUUAGAUUUACUUCAGAAUGUUUAUGUUUUAUCUAUAAAUGUGCUUCUGAUUAUUUAGAAUCUCCAGCUUGUCAACAAAGAGUUGAACCAGUUCCAGAAGGUGAUUAUCUAAACAGAGUUAUUACACCACUUUAUCGUUUCUUGAGAUCUCAAGUUUAUGAAGUUGUUGAUGGCCGUUAUGUUAAACGUGAACGUGAUCAUAACAAGGUUAUUGGUUAUGAUGAUGUUAAUCAAUUAUUCUGGUACCCAGAAGGUAUUGCUAAAAUUGUCUUUGAAGAUGGUUCAAGAUUGGUUGAUUUAGCUCCUGAAGAACGUUAUGUUCGUUUAGGUGAAGUUUCAUGGGAUAUGGUUUUCUUUAAAACUUAUAAAGAAAUUAGAACUUGGUUCCAUUUAUUAACAAAUUUCAAUCGUAUUUGGAUUAUCCAUGGUUCAAUUUUCUGGAUGUAUAUGGCUUAUAACUCCCCAACUUUAUACACCAAGAAUUAUCAACAAUUGUUGAAUCAACCUCCUGUCCCAGCUUAUAGAUGGGCUUCUGCUGCUUUAGCUGGUACUUUAGCUACAUUUAUUCAAAUUUUAGCCACUAUUUGUGAAUGGUUUUUCGUUCCAAGAAAAUGGGCUGGUGCUCAACAUUUAUCUCGUCGUUUCUGGUUUUUGAUUUUAAUCCUUGCUAUCAAUUUAGGUCCAAUCAUUUUCGUUUUCGCUUAUGAUCCUAUUGAUGUUGUUAGUAAAGCUGCAUUAACCGUUUCAAUCAUCAUGUUCUUUGUUGCUUUAGCUACUAUUAUUUUCUUUGCUGUUAUGCCAUUAGGUGGGUUAUUCACUUCUUAUAUGAAGGGUUCCACAAGAAAAUAUGUUGCUUCUCAAACUUUCACUGCUUCAUUUGCUCCAUUAAAAGGUUUAGAUAUGUGGAUGUCAUACUUUUUAUGGGUUGUUAUUUUCAUUGCCAAAUACGUUGAAUCUUAUUUCUUCUUGAUUUUAUCUUUAAGAGAUCCUAUUCGUACUUUAUCAACAAUGGUUAUGACUAGAUGUAUUGGUGAAUAUUGGUGGGGUUCAGUCUUGUGUAGACAACAAGCCCGUAUCACAUUAGGUCUUAUGUACUUGACUGAUUUGAUUUUAUUCUUCUUGGAUACUUAUAUGUGGUACAUUGUUUGUAACUGUGUUUUCUCAGUUGGUCGUUCAUUCUACUUGGGUAUUUCAAUUUUAACCCCAUGGAGAAACAUUUUCACAAGAUUACCAAAGAGAAUUUAUUCUAAAAUUUUAGCCACCACUGAUAUGGAAAUCAAAUAUAAACCAAAAGUUUUGAUUUCACAAGUUUGGAAUGCUAUUGUUAUUUCUAUGUACAGAGAGCAUUUGUUAGCUAUUGAUCAUGUUCAAAAAUUAUUAUAUCAUCAAGUUCCAUCAGAAGUUGAAGGUAAAAGAACUUUAAGAGCCCCAACUUUCUUCGUUUCUCAAGAUGAUAACAAUUUUGAAACUGAAUUUUUCCCAAGAAAUUCUGAAGCUGAACGUCGUAUUUCUUUUUUUGCUCAAUCAUUAGCCACUCCAAUUCCAGAACCAUUACCAGUUGAUAACAUGCCAACAUUUACUGUUAUGGUUCCUCAUUAUUCUGAAAAAAUCUUGUUGUCAUUAAGAGAAAUUAUUAGAGAAGAUGAUCAAUUCUCUCGUGUUACUUUAUUAGAAUAUUUGAAACAACUACAUCCUGUUGAAUGGGACUGUUUUGUUAAAGAUACCAAGAUUUUAGCUGAAGAAACUGCUGCAUAUGAAAACAAUGGUGAAGAUGAAAAAGAUGAACAUGGAUUAAAAUCUAAAAUUGAUGAUUUACCAUUCUACUGUAUUGGUUUCAAAUCUGCUGCACCAGAAUAUACUUUACGUACACGUAUUUGGGCUUCAUUAAGAUCACAAACAUUAUACCGUACUGUUUCAGGUUUCAUGAAUUAUGCUAGAGCUAUUAAAUUAUUAUACAGAGUUGAAAACCCUGAAAUUGUUCAAAUGUUUGGUGGUAAUGCUGAAGGUUUAGAAAGAGAAUUAGAAAAAAUGGCUAGAAGAAAAUUCAAAUUUGUUGUUUCUAUGCAAAGAUUGACUAAAUUCAAACCAGAAGAAUUAGAAAAUGCUGAAUUCUUAUUAAGAGCUUACCCAGAUUUACAAAUUGCUUACUUGGAUGAAGAACCUCCAUUAAAUGAAGGUGAAGAACCAAGAAUCUAUUCUGCUUUAAUUGAUGGUCAUUGUGAAAUUCUUGAAAAUGGUCGUCGUCGUCCUAAAUUCAGAGUUCAAUUAUCUGGUAAUCCAAUUCUUGGUGAUGGUAAAUCUGAUAACCAAAAUCAUGCUUUAAUUUUCUACCGUGGUGAAUAUAUUCAAUUGAUUGAUGCUAAUCAAGAUAACUAUUUGGAAGAAUGUUUGAAGAUUAGAUCUGUCUUGGCUGAAUUCGAAGAAAUGAAUGUUGAACAAGUUAAUCCUUAUGCUCCUGGUUUGAAAUUUGAAGAACAAAACAAGAACCAUCCAGUUGCUAUUGUUGGUGCCAGAGAAUAUAUUUUCUCUGAAAACUCAGGUGUUUUAGGUGAUGUUGCUGCAGGUAAAGAACAAACAUUCGGUACUUUAUUCGCAAGAACCUUGUCUCAAAUUGGUGGUAAAUUACAUUAUGGUCAUCCGGAUUUCGUUAACGCUACUUAUAUGACUACUAGAGGUGGUAUCUCUAAAGCUCAAAAAGGUUUACAUUUGAAUGAAGAUAUUUAUGCAGGUAUGACUGCUUUAUGUCGUGGUGGUCGUAUUAAACAUUCUGAAUAUUUCCAAUGUGGUAAAGGUAGAGAUUUAGGUUUUGGUUCAAUUUUGAAUUUCACAACCAAGAUUGGUGCUGGUAUGGGUGAACAAAUGUUGUCUCGUGAAUAUUACUACUUGGGUACUCAAUUACCAUUAGAUAGAUUCUUAUCUUUCUACUAUGCUCAUGCUGGUUUCCAUAUUAACAACUUGUUCAUUCAAUUAUCUUUACAAAUGUUUAUUUUAACUUUAGUUAACUUAAACUCAUUGGCUCAUGAAUCUAUCUUAUGUUCUUAUGACAGAAAUAAACCAGUUACUGAUAUCUUAUAUCCAAUUGGUUGUUACAAUUUGGCUCCAGCUAUUGAUUGGGUUAGACGUUAUACUUUAUCCAUUUUCAUCGUUUUCUUCAUUUCUUUCAUUCCUAUUGUUGUCCAAGAAUUGAUUGAACGUGGUGUUUGGAAAGCUACCCAAAGAUUCUUCCGUCAUUUGUUAUCAUUAUCACCAAUGUUUGAAGUUUUCGUUGGUCAAAUAUAUUCUUCAGCUUUAUCAAAUGAUUUAUCAGUUGGUGGUGCCCGUUAUAUUUCAACAGGUCGUGGUUUUGCUACUGCCCGUAUUCCAUUCUCUGUCUUAUACUCAAGAUUUGCUGGUUCAGCCAUUUAUAUGGGUGCUAGAAGUAUGUUAUUAAUCUUGUUCGGUACUGUUUCACAUUGGCAACCAGCUUUAUUAUGGUUCUGGGCUUCAUUAUCAUCAUUGAUGUUCUCACCAUUCAUUUUCAACCCACAUCAAUUUGCUUGGGAAGAUUUCUUUAUUGAUUACAGAGAUUACAUCAGAUGGUUAUCAAGAGGUAACAACAAAUGGCACAGAAAUUCAUGGAUUGGUUAUGUCCGUAUGUCAAGAUCACGUAUCACUGGUUUCAAACGUAAGGUUUUAGGUUUAGAAUCUGAAAAAGCUGCUGGUGAUGCUUCAAGAGCUCAUCGUACCAACAUUAUGUUUGCUGAAAUUAUCCCAACUACUAUUUACGCCGCUGGUUGUUUUGUUGCAUUUACUUUCAUUAAUGCUCAAAACGGUGUUAAAGAUGUUGAUCCAGUUAAUUCAGCUUUACGUGUUGUUAUCUGUACUUUAGCUCCAAUUGCUAUUGAUAUGGGUGUCUUGUUCUUUUGUUUAGCCAUGUCUUGUUGUUCAGGUCCAUUGUUUGGUAUGUGUUGUAAAAAGACUGGUUCUGUUAUGGCUGGUAUUGCCCAUGGUGUUGCAGUUAUUGUUCACAUCAUUUUCUUUAUUGUUAUGUGGGUUCUCGAAGGUUUCAAUUUCGCUAGAAUGUUAUUAGGUGUUGCUACUUCUAUCUACUGUCAAAGAUUUAUCUUUAAAUUAAUGACUGCAUUUAUGUUGACUAGAGAAUUGAAGAGUGAUAAUGCUAACACUGCUUUCUGGACUGGUAAAUGGUACGGUAAAGGUAUGGGUUGGGCUGCUUUGUCACAACCAGCCAGAGAAUUCACUGCUAAAGUCAUUGAAUUGUCAGAAUUUGCUGCUGAUUUCGUUCUAGGUCAUAUCUUAUUAUUCAUUCAAUUCCCAUUGAUUUUAGUUCCAUUAAUGGAUAGAUGGCAUUCAGUUAUGUUGUUCUGGUUGAAACCUUCCAGACAAAUUCGUCCACCAAUUUACUCAUUGAAACAAGCUAAAUUAAGAAAGAGAAUGGUUAGAAAAUACUUUGCCUUAUACUUAUUGAUUUUGAUUAUCUUCAUUGCUUGUAUUGCUGGUCCAGCUGUUGCAGGUAGAUUCAUUAAAGAUGAUCUUGGUUCAGGCUUGACUGGUACAUUUGCUAACUUGGUUCAACCAAGAAAACAAAGUAACAAUGAUACUGGUCCAAGUGCUUCUACAUUAUCAGGUUAUUAUACCUCAACUCCAUCAAUGUCAUCUUAUUCUACAAAAGCUUAA